CAUUUCUUAAGAACUGAAAUAUCUGAUCCAACCAGUGGAGAUAAUGUCGAAGAAGAGCAGAGCUUAUGGAAGCAACGAUGUGAAGAUAGAAGGGAAAAAGCGUAAAGUUGAGUCGGAAUCAACUCAUGUUACUCUGAACGUGAAGGGUCAGGAUGAGGAAGGAGUAAAAGUGUUUAAGGUAAGAAGGACUGUUAAGCUGCAAAAAUUGAUGGAAUUGUACACCAAAAUGAGAGGCGUCGAGUGGAACACAUUUCGCUUUCUAUUUGAUGGCUCGAGGAUUCGCGAGUAUCAUACACCUGAUGAGCUGGAGCUUAAGGAUGGAGAUGAGAUUGAUGCAAUGAUGCGUCAACUAAGUGGUUUUGAAAAUGCUGCAAUUGAGGUUAAUCGAGGAUUGCUAAAGGAGCUUGAAGAUAUGGGAUUCUCGAUGGCUCGAGCUUCAUGGGCUCUGCAUCACUCUGGUAACUUUAGCCUUGAAGCAGCUGUGAAUUGGAUCAUAGAUCAUGAGAACGAUUCGCAGUUUGAAAACAUGCCUUUGGUGGAAUUUAACAUUGAGAUUGAGUCUCCAAAUCCAUCUCAUGAUACUGCAGAAAAUGCUCAGGCAAGAGCAAAGGAACUAAUGGAACAAGCUCGUAAACUAAGAGAAGAAGAAGAAACUAAACGCGAAAGAGAAAGAGAAAAGGAAAGGAUACGAGCAGGGAAAGAGAUGAUGGAGACAAAGCGAAUUGCGGAAGAAAACGAAAGAAAACGGAACAUAGCUUUGAGGAAAGCUGAGAAAGAUGAGGAGAAAAAAGCAAGAGAGAAAAUUAUGCUGAAAGUUAAUUCAGACAAGUUGGAGAGAAAGCGGAGGCGCGGAUUGCCAACCGAAACAGAAUCUGCUUCGACAUCAAAUCAAGUUUCUUUACUUGACUCUAAGAGGAUAGUAAUGUCGCCGCCAAGCCCUCCCUCGAAAGCAGAGGAGUUGAGAGAAUGCUUAAGGUCAUUGAGACGAAACCACAAAGAUGAAGAUCCAAGAAUCACGAGGCGGGCAUUUGAAACGCUUCUGACAAUUGUGAGGAACGUAGCGAAGAAGCCAGACGAAGAAAGAUACAAAAGAAUCCGUCUCACGAACCGCUUGUUCCAUGAGAGAGUUGGGAGAUACAAAGAAGGUAUUGAGUUCAUGGAGCUUUGUGGAUUCAAGACAGAGGAAGGAUCUGAGUUCUUGUCUCUAUCUUAUCACGAUGCAGACAUCAACAGGCUUCGAGACGCUGCGUUUCAGUUGAACUCUGCGAUUACCAAUCCCUUCUUUGGUCUUCUUUCCACGGAAGCUGAAGAAGACCGUGAAAAAUAAACUUUCUCUUCCUGACAUGUUAUGUUUUAUAUAAGACAUAUAAAAUUACAAAAAUGUA